CUCAAGAGAGAGAGAGGAGGAAAAGUUUUUCAUAACAAACAUCAUCACUACACUGUAGGUUCGUUGGGGCAGCAUUGAAAUGGCUUCUGUGUCAGCUCAGAGAGUAGUGUUUUUCGGAGCGGAUAGGACCCCGCGUUUUAUGACUGAAAACACGCACAUUAAUCUUGGAAACUUAGGGCCAGAAGAGAUACUAAUAAAAAUCAAGCUAACUACGAUAUGUAGAUACGACUUGCAGAUUCUGCAAGGGAGAUCAAAAGCGAAAACUCCGAGCGUGCUAGGACACGAGGCUGUAGGGGAAGUUGUCAAAGUCGGUAGCAGUUUGGAUGAUGAGGCUAUCAAGCCAGGUGAUCGUGUCUCCUUCAGCCUCUAUGAUUCUUGUUUUAAGUGCAAGUUUUGUCAGAGUGGAUUCCAUCAGAAAUGUAUCAGUGGUUUUAUGUAUGGUCAAGGGACAUUAAGUAGCCACCAGGGAUUCAGCGGAUGCUUCGCAUCUCAUGUUAUUGUAAAAAGAGGUACAAAGCUUGUUAAACUACCAGACAAUGUGUCAGACAAAAUGGCCGCCCCACUAAACUGUGCAAUUGCUACCAUGGCUCAUGCUACGUCAAUGUUACCUACAGAAGACGCUAAAAACAAGACCGUCUUAAUACAGGGAGCCGGGUUAUUUGGUAUUUAUGGGUGUGCUAUGCUACAUCAGGCAGGUUACAGUAAAGUCUACUGUACAGAUUACAUUGCAGAACGUUUAAAAUUGGUAAACUGUUUUGGAGGAAUUCCUCUUGACUUGAGAGUGAAAGGUAAUUAUCCAGACGAUGAUUCAAUCGAUAUUGUUAUUGAGGUGUGUGGCAACCCAGCAGUCAUACCGGAGGGUGUGCGUGUUUUGAAGCCAGGUGGAGUGUACAUGUUUGUUGGUCUUGUUAAUCACAACACAAGUCUAAAUAUCACAGUUGGACAGUUAAUAGAUAAAUGCCUCACAGUCACAGGUGUAGAUAGCUACAGUCCGGAACAUCUAGAAGCUGGUGUAGAUUUCAUUGCAAAGUACAGCAACAAAUACCCGUUUGAAAACCUUGUCGGACCAAUCUUCAAAUUAAGCAAUUUUGAUAAAGCUGUUAAGGAAGCUGGAAAUCAGAGAUUUCUACGCGUUGCCUUGGAGGCUGAUUGUUAACAUGUUCACCAUUCAAUCAAUUGGGUAUCAUAGCAACUGUGUGAAUAGUUUUCAUAGUGAUGCUAUCGCUUUAGUUGUUAUGGUUACAUAUAAUGUUUAAAUUUGUAUAGUUUUCAUCAUCCAUUAGUCGAGUCCUGCAUUUAGUAGUAGUGAUUUAAUGUAAUGUUCCUAAUGGAUCCUUUUUUAUUAUAGUGAUGAAUGCAUAGAUUAUUCUGUGUCAAGUCAUGAUUUUAUAUUUAAGGUGCAUCAAGGUACAGUAUUUGAAAUACACAGUACUUUGCUCACAUUAUUAUGAGCAUACAGUACUGUGAUGUACAAUGAAAUGCACAGUAUUUUGUACACAUUAUUAGUACUGUGAUGUGUGAUAAAAUACACAGUAUUUUACGCACUUUAUUAUGAGCAUACAGUACUGUGAUAUCCCGGGGAGCUCACUUGUAUACCAACCUUCAAUGGUGGGGGUGGGGCGGUGGUGCAGCAGCCACUCCAACACAUGAGACACAAUUGCGCUACCUAUUUUACUGAAAAUUAUUAGGGACUUGAACUACCAUUUACCAAAAUCCAAUGUCAGUUGAACUACUAUUACGGCCAUUUAACCUUACCAAAUUAAACUUGUACUGGUUCUCAAUCGUGAAUAAGACCGCGGUUCUGUCUGUUCGUGAUCCCUACUGUUUGUGGCUAUGUAUCAACAGUAGGUUUAGCACUGUGUUUAGCAAAAAAACCUUCGCUAAUAUCGUGUGAAAAAUUAACGCUACUUGGAUACGGAACGGGGCAAGGACUUUAACUACCAGUUUUACAUAGUUAUUUCCCACACUUGUGCUACCAAGUCUUCGCAAAUAUACCCUAUACAGUACAUGCUGAUACUCUUCCAUUAAUUCCCACACUUGUGCUACAAAGUCCUCAAAAAUACCCCCAUAAAUGUGGCACCUACGCGUAUGGAAAUAUUUACUGUAAAAGUGAGCCCCCGGGUGUGAUGUACUGUACAAUGAAAUGCACAUUAUUAUGAGCAUACAGUACUGUAUUGUGAUGUGCAAUGUAAUACUCAGUAUUUCGUGCACAUUAUUGGGAGCAUACAGUACUGUGAUGUACAAUACACAGAAUUUUGCGCACAUUGAGCAUACAUUAUAUUAUUUUCCAAGUAUUUAUGUCACUCAACUUGUAGACAUAACCAUAGCUUUAAGGGUCUGCUACAUUGCCACAAAGAUGUAGACAGGAGCCUACCGUACAGGGUAUUGGUAUCUUAUUAUCACCAAUUAGCACCUCAUUAUUUUGCACAUAUGUACAUUAUUUCAAAUGUAGGUAUCAUAACUAGCUUAAGAUUAUAUUCUACCUUAGUUUUUUUAGUAAAGUGCAAUUGUAGUUGCAUUCGCUGUAAUAAUGUUUAAAUAUUGUAGACACACAUUAUAUUUAUAUUAAAUGUGACACUUUUAACAGAAUAAGAAAGGAAAAAAUUCCAUACCAUAGGGAUUUAGUAUUUAUAUCUUUUAUAUUAAACAGGGUUUUGACUAUAAAGCCCUUUAGUGUAUUUGUAAGUAACCCCUCCUCUUUUCUUCCCCUCUGGGCUGUGCUACUAGUCAUGUAAGUCUAGGUAUUGAGUGCAUCAAGCCUGCACCUAAAGAUGUCUACAUUGUGAACAGCAACAGAAUGAUCAAUGUGGGCCAUGUGAAAAUAUUGUCAUUAAAUUUGAUGAAAAUGGUUAGUGGGCUCACAAGUUCUUGUUCAUUACAUGAACAAACACUAGUGGCAGAUCCAGGAUUUUUCUUGAGCCAAUAAGGGGGGAAGGUUGAGAGUGUUUUCUUAUCUAUUCAGGGUCCAGGAUUCCUCUAGAAGCUCAGGACUUUUCCCAAUUUUAAUUUUGCUCUUAAGUGGUGUGUGGAAUGCAAAGCACAACUUUGGCCAACUCUGGAACUGCCCGGCUACUAAACAUCGUUAUUUAUUGCUUUGGUCUGUGUCUGCUAGUGGCUUUAACUACUGUAUAUCACCAAGGCAACCACUCACUAUAAGUAAGGUAUUCAAUUAUAUUGCAAUUUUUUUUUUGUUGUUGAAAGAAAUAAAUAUAUUAAAGCUGUAAAAA